AUGCGUGGCUUGUUCCUGGCCAAGUCAACGUGGCAUAUCGUGAACCGCAGGGUGACAACGACCUUCGCCGACCCGCGAGCUAUGGACGACUACGUCAAGGCAAGCAACAUCGCUUUCGGUCUGAUGCUACUACAAAUGGACGCAGACUAUCAUCACGUGCUUGGUGAUUGCAAAGAAGCGUGGGUUGCGUGGAAACGCUUGAAGAAACUCUACGGUGGCUCUCAAAAGGCUGGUCGCAUUUACCUCAAGCGACAGCUCUUAAGCAUGGAGAUGAAGGAAGGCGGCAAUGCGAUGCAUCAUUGCAAUAAAGUCCUCAACAUCAGCGUCAAUCUCAGCAGCAUCGACGCCGAAAGGGGGGACAAGGACGUGAUGAUCUGCUUGUUGCGCAGCCUCUCCAGGAGCUUCGAGAAUAGCGUGCUGAAUCUAGAGAUGAGUAGCGCGGAACUGAGAUUGCUUGAUGUCGUGAAGUGCUGA